UUCAUCCAGACACAGCGGCGUCACGCCAUCACAGUGACCAUCGACAGCUGUCCUCGUCAUCCGGGGCUCAGAACGUGGCUGCGAGCUUCCUAGCCCAUCCCGUCCAUAUCCUCUCGAAACCAUGACACCUCACGCUGACUCUCCAAUGGACACCUCAGACAGCCGCUCUCUCGCAGUCCAAGAGGCCUUCACAAGCUUCGCGACAAAUGGUUUCGACGAAACCCACAUUCCCGGCUUCGGGAACCGGUCGCACCUUCGAUAUACACCGGAAGAUGAACUGCACGACUUGGUCUGUGUGGGAUUCGGUCCGGCGUCGCUGGCCAUCGCGGUUGCGCUACAUGAUGCUUUGGACGGAACGGACCCGUCUUUGGAUAUGCCUAGUCUCCAGAACCGGCCACCGAGGGUCGCCUUCCUAGAGAAGCAACCCCAAUUUGCAUGGCAUGCAGGAAUGCUCCUCCCGGGAGCAAGGAUGCAAAUUACAUUUAUGAAGGACAUGGCAACUCUGCGGAACCCGCGUAGCGAAUUCACCUUCCUCAACUAUCUCUUCCAAAAAGACCGACUUGUAGAAUUUACCAACCUGAACACGUUUCUGCCGCAGAGGGUGGAAUAUGAAGAUUACAUGAAGUGGUGCGCGUGCUGGUUUGAAGAGGUGGUCCAGUACGACCAGGAAGUCGUGAAGGUCAUGCCAGAGAGGUCACCCAGCGGGGACGGCGAGAUCGCGUCAUUCACGGUUGUUUCGCAGAAUCUGCAGACUGGCAAGAUGGAGACUCGAAGGACGAAGCAUGUCGUGAUCGCGGCCGGAGGUAGACCGAACCUCCCUCCGCCAUUCCCUAGCAACCACCCAAAGGUCAUUCACUCCUCAAAGUUCUCGUACAUAUCGACCGAGAUACUCCCGGAUUUUCAGCGUCCAUACAAUGUCGCUGUAGUUGGAAAUGGGCAGAGCGCAGCAGAGAUUUUCGACUUCUUGCACGCUCAUUAUCCGAAUGCGCGGACCUGGUUGCUGAUCAAAGGAGGCGCUCUUCGACCCAGCGACGACUCGCCUUUCGUCAAUGAAAUCUUCAACCCGGGCAGGGUGGAGAGCACCUUUAACCGCGACCCCGAGCUCCGCAGCUGCACCAUCAAAGAAGAUCGCAAUACGAACUACGGUGUCGUGCGUCUGAAUCUGAUCGAGCACAUAUAUGAGACUCUUUACCUUCAAAGGAUCCGAUAUGGAAACUCUCCGGAAGCAGAAGAGCAAUGGCCACACCGAGUCAUGCCGCAUCGCUGCGUUACCGAGGUUCAGGACUCGCCCGUCGUCAAAGGCGGCAUCCGUCUGUUCGUAAGGGACCAAAGUCCGCUGUAUCUGUCCGAUGCACCGAAUGCCCAAGAAGGAUCAGAGAUCUUGGACGUUGACGCUGUAUUCGUAGCCACGGGUUACCAUCGCGACCUCCACGAGACGCUGCUGAAGGAUGCUCGACACCUGAUGCCGGGAGGCGACUUGAAAGACGCAAAAUGGCAGGUACAGCGCGAUUACAGCGUGCACUUUGCGGACAAGCACGUUAGCGAGGACGCCGGAGUAUGGCUGCAGGGAUGCUGCGAGAGCACGCAUGGCUUGAGCGAUACUCUGCUUUCCAUUUUGGCUACCCGCGCAGGCCAGAUGGUGAAAUCUAUCUUUGGGAAGAGUGGGGAUUGGGAUGGGAUUGAUGCGCUGGGUUACGAGGAGCUGCGUAACUAGGCGUGGAUGUCGUUGCGGUGCUACGUCAGCUGCAAGGUCCGUUGGACGUGGCGGUGCGGGAGCGCGUAGGUUGUCUAGUUUCUCAUUGUCUUGUCUCAAGCCGUAUCUUCUCACUUUCGACUGUUUUUGGAAGACGGUGUUUCGAAGGUGGUGUGUUGGGUCACGCUAGUUAACGGUCCCGGAGAGAGGCUGGACGAGACGGAACAGUGAUGAAGAAGCUGUCCCCCUGAAACGUUUCUACGCCUUGUUCGAUGAAUCACCGACGAUUCCUCUCUCGAGCCUCAUGCCCGAAGUGCCUGUUUUGAGCAGAGCCGAAACCCCAGGCUGCGGAGGGAUGCUGAAAGCGACAGCCUGAGCUGACGGCAACCGUCGAUGCCGCCGCCACACAGAGGCCUAAAACUCAGUAUAAUGCCUUGCGCACGUAUAGAUGCUAGCCGUGGUCUAUAGCGGUAGUGUUUAUAAUUCAAUGCUGUCAAGUACUCUCUGGGGUG